AUGCAGAGCGACUACUUUGGCGCCGCUGCUGAGUCGGAGAACGGGCGUGUUCGCGCACGUCCCGACUCUCCCACGCCCUCCGGCCCGGCGCGCAAAAUACAGAAGCGCGACUCGAUCGCCUCCAACGACGACAACGACGACAUCAAGGACGACGCCGACGCUGACCACGCCGACAACUCGGGUGGCCCCGUGCCCAACGGUCCCCCCUUUAUCUGCCCCACCUGCGCCACCAGCUACUCGCGACUCGAAUACCUCAGGCGUCACGAGAGGAGACACGCCGACAUCCGUCCAUUUGUAUGCGAUUGUGGCAAGGGCUUCUCCCGAAGUGACGUUCUCUCUCGUCACAAGCGUCAGUGCCGCGUCGUCCUACAGCAAGACGGCAGUGGCGACGGCGAAAAACCCGCCGAAGGCGACUCUCCACCCAAGACCACCAAGCCCCGUCGCUCUUCCUCCACCGCCAAACCCGGCCGUCCAAAGGGCUCCACAAAAGCUGCAAAGGCUGCAGCCGCUGCUGCCAGCAGCACCAACGGCGCGGCCGACGGUGCCGACGGUAACGGACAUGCAGCCUCCUCGAGCAUGUCCCACUCGGAUGGCCUGGACGGUCCCGCUCCACCACCGCCCGCACCGCAUCACUCGGACCAGCUCACCCACGAUGCCAUCGCCGUGGCAGCCGCUGCUGCAGCCGCAGCUGCUGCUGCGGGCCAUCCGCCCGCAGGUGCGCAGGGCCACGAUGAGGAUGCCUCGGCCAUGAUUGACCCUGCCAUCGCUGCCGACUCCCAGGCGCAGGCCGCUGCUGCCGCCACCACCGUAGCUGCCAUCAGCUCCGUGGCCGCGUAUCAGUACGCCAACUCCAUGGACCCCCCGGAUUUUCAUAUGGGGAGGGGAGCACUUAACCCGUACGCUUCGACUCCCUUCCCGCUCCCCGUUCACUCGGCCGUCGCUGCCCUCCACCCGCAGCUCUACCAGCCCUCCAGCCCCGAGUCGAACGCGCCGAGAAGCGAGCACGGAAGCCCCCGCUUUGGCCAGCCUCUGGCCCGCCAUGGAAGCAACUCGGGCUCGCGCUACAUGCGCCAGUCCGCCUACGACCAGUACGCCGCCCGCCCCGCCUCCUCCUUCGCCAGUGCCGCCGAUGCUGCCAUAUGGGAGGGCCUCGACACCGCCAAGCUCCCAUCCCCAGGUCACGUCACCACGCCCGGUUCCGCCGCCCGCGCCACCGCCAGCAUGCUCGCAUCGCUCGGCUUCCCCGCCACCUCGCCCUUGAGUCAUCUCGGCGACCGCUCCCGCACCGCCUCCCAUCUCGGCUCCGAUGCAAGCUACUUCCGCUCCACCGCUCCGGGUCUCUCGGGCGGCGUCGGUGCCGCCUCUUCGUCCAAUCUCGGUGGCUACGCGUCUAACAACGCCAACAGCCCCGCCUUUUCCUUUGGCACCUCGGCAUCAUCGGCGGACACGGGCGCAUCGUCGUCGAACCAGUCUGGCUCGGCAGCCACCGCGGCAAGCGGAACGACACAAGCGACCGAGGCCUCGGGCGCCACCACGCCCAAGGAGCCCGUGCGCUUCUCUGUCUCCACGCUCGGCCCGCUCUCCCCCUUCUCCAACACGGCGCUCAACUCGUCCAUGUCGCCGUACCUGUCUGCCUUUUCCAACGCGCGCGACACGCCCCUCGUCUCGAGUCCGCGCUCGGCUUUGCCAACUACGCCCGGAGGCGGGCUCGCCUCGAUCGACCUCGGCGGUCAGUGGACAGGCAUGCGCCCACCUUCGCGUACCGUCAGCCGGCACAACAGCCUCCAAGGUAUCAACAUCUCGGGCAGUCAGAGCACCUCGCCCCAGUCGGACGGCAUCUCCGCUUCCGCCAGGCUUGGCAAGAGCUCGUCCAGCGAGAAGCUCAGCGGCUCCUCCGACAAGACCGAUGCAGGUGAUACGGGCGAUGCAAAGUCCACGUCGUCGACAACGUCGGCGGCCGGGGCUGCAUCGGCGCCGACUUCCUCGGCUGCGGCUACUUCGGCAUCGACGUCAGCGGCUGCAACAGCAGCGACCACAUCAGCACCACCGACGUCUGCCUCGUCGGCAGUGGUGCCGGCUUCGGCCUCUUCGAGCGGCGGCGGCGGCGGCGGCGGCGGCAUCACGACGUCGGCGCCCGUGUCCAUUGGCACUGGCAGCGGCAUCGACACGCCCAGUCGCUUCGUAAAGAACGAGUCGCAGCAAUAUUUUGAUGGAGGGGCUCUCACGCCAGGUCCCGAAGCCUUCCUUUUGAGGCUUCAGGGCGGCGCCCAGGAGUUGAGAGCCGGGAUCCAUGGAAGUGAAAUCUCCUUUUUCAACGGCCCCACGACGGCAUUCAGCUCGGCCGCGCUGGGCAACUCGCAGUUUUCCACGCCCAACUGGGACCAUUCGAUGUUCUCGAACCCCAGCGCUGGCGGCGUCGCUGCGGCCGCCGCCAACAGCGGCACGCCGGGUGUCCAGAUGAGCGCGCUCGGCUGGCUCAUGAGUCCCAGCAUCCAGCACCUGCUCAAUGCGCUCGGCACCACCACGGCAGGCUCUGGCGCGGUGGAUCUCACCAACACGUCGGACUACUUUAACUCGAAGAGCAUCGCUGCCCCAUCGGCGACGGCGAUGGACGUGGACGGCGCGAUUGAUCUUGCGGCGGCGAGCCUCGAGUUGGCGCCGAUGUCGACGCCGCUCGAGAAAGCGCUGACGGAUGUCAAGAAUCCGUUCUUCAUCCCGCCCGACAUGUUCCGACCUUGCUACUCGGUGCUGCACUGGAAUCUACCGCCCAUCACGCGGCUGAGCAUGCUGGCGCUGCAUGCGCAGCAGAAUCUGCUCAAGCACUUCCCCGUGAUUCACGAACCGACGUUCCGCAUGGACACGCAGCCGGGCUGCCUGGCUUUUGCCAUCUGCAUGCUCGGCGGGCACGAGGCGGGGCGCAAGUGGUGGGGUGGCGAGGAGGUGGUGCCCAAGUCGGCGGUGAACCUGAUCAACAGCAACGACGGAGCACACGAGCCGAUGGACGAGGUGCAUCGCAUCAUCGCGGACAAGUAUCCGAGCCAGUACGUGGACGAGGAGGACGGGCAGGAGCUGGUCAAGCCGAUUGUGAUGAGCGAAAAGACGGACAUGUUGAUGCGCACGUUUGCAAGCCGGUGCAAGAGCGUCAAGGACAAGUGCUCGGUGGUGCAGGCGCUGAUGCUCUUCCAGAGCAACAACUUCCUCAGCAGCGAUGCGACGACGCGCAUGGUGGCGGGCAUCUCGCACGGCACGGUGGUGACGUUGGCGCGCCAGGCGGGCUUCUUUGACCCGGAGGCCGACCACGCGCAGCGCAACGUGGCGAUCUCGGCGGACGACGUGACGCAGCAGGUGAUGCUCGAGACGCUCGACACGUGCUUCUCAUACUCGUAUAUGCCGUCGUAUGGCGCCGAAGACGACGAGGGCGACAAGGUGUGGCGACGCUGGGCGGAGCUCGAGGGUCGGCGGAGAAGCGCGUUUGUGGUGUACACGAUGGACACGGUGGCGCACCUGGAUGCGGCGGUGCCGACGUUGCUGUCGACCAAGGAGGUGGCGCAUCUGCCGCUGCCGAGUCCGGAUGCGCUGUGGCGUGCGCCGACGUCGACGGUGUGGAGCAAGGCGCUCGAGCAGUAUCGUGCGCCGACGCUGAACGAGGCGCUGCAUCAGCUGCUCGUGGCAGGCGAGACGGAUUCGAUGUCGCCGCCGGGCGUCGCCGAGGAGCCGUCGAUCUAUGGCGAGCACGGGCCGUUUGCGCGGCUGGUGAUGGUGUUGGCGCUGCUGCGCGGCAUCAUCGAGAUGCUCGAAGGCCGAACGACCAGGGUGCCGCGGCCGUCGUCGUUGAGCAAGUGGCUCAAGCAGGGCCUGGCGAUUCGCGGGACCGGCUCGACGGUGGACGGGCAGGUGGCGCUGUACAAGCGCGCGCUGUCUCGCUGGCGCAAGGCAUGGGAUGGCGACGGCACCUGCAAGCUCGCCUCGGUCAAGAAGGCAGGGCAGGCGGGACAGACGGCCCAGACGAGCGGUGCGGCGAGCGACAUGAGCGACGACAGCCUCAGCACGCACUCUGGAUCGCCGACCAACAAGCGGGCGUGGCCGGCGGAGCUGCAACCGACGCUCUUCACGCCACUGACAGCGUCCGGGGCGACGCCGCUGUCGGACGAUGCGCUACCGCUGUACUGGCUGGCGCAUGUGCUGGUGACGCACGCCGCGUCAAACCAGCGGCUGCCGCUGCGCAGUGUCGAAAGCAGGACGGGCGCGGCGGGGCGCAACGGUGCGUUUGCAGCCAAGGGAGGCGGGCCCGAGAUGCCAGACUUCCGAGCCAUGCUGCGCUUUGCCAAGAAUUUUGUCACGCGCGGCGAGAACAAGAGCGCCGAUCAUCCUCUUGGCAGGCAUAGCCAGCACCCGCUCUCCAGCACGCCGCGCCAACCUUCGCGAUCCACAAGUCCCUCCGAGGCCCGUUUGCCCAAAAGGGCCAGGCUGGGCUUGUCUGCCACCCACUCUUCCGCGGCGAACGGCGCUUCAUCUUCCGCGUCAUACCGUUCCUUGCAACCCGCCGCCCCUCGUGCCGAUCAGCAUCCCAUCGCGGCCAUGACCAACAACGCCGCCAUGGCCUCCAACGGCAGCACCUCCAACGGAAGGGCAGGGGGUGCCGCCGAACAUGCGGCCUCGUACUCGGAAUCGGGCAGCUCGUCCAGCAACGGACAUCGCUCCACCCGGCCACCAGCUGCGCCCGUAGACGAUUAUGCAGAUGCUGCCGUCUUCACUCCGCUUUUUGUGGGCAGCCCCAUCGACCGCAGGGAGCUCGUCAAGCUCACAUUGCAGUCGCUGCGCGAGAUGGGCUACGAUCAGGCCGCAAAGGCGCUCGAGGCCGAGUCCGGCAUUGCGCUCGAGCACCCCUCCAUCACCGCCUUUCGCACGGCUGUGCUGAGUGGCGAUUGGAGAAAUGCGGAGCGCCUGCUCAUCGACGGUCUCACCUAUGCCGCAAGACGCAUCCAGGCUGCGCGCUCUCCGCCCGGAGGCGCUAGCAUCGCACUCGAGCCUCAGCCGUCCUCGUCCACCGCCCCGUCGUCCGACGCUCACAGCCAGGACCUCAUCGACUCGGUCCUGCGCCGACCCGAUGUGGUCAGCCUCCGCUCCAUCCGAUUCAUGCUGCAGAAGCAACGCUACCUCGAACUGCUCGAGGCACGCCACACCAAGAAGGCGCUCAACGUGCUGCGCGAGAAGCUCACGCCGCUCAGUAACGAUACCUCGCAGCUCCACCUGCUCUCCAGUCUCGUCGUCACCGCCUCGCCCGAGCAGCUGCGUGAGCGCGCCCAAUGGGACGGCGCCAACGGCGAGUCGCGCAGGCAGCUCAUGAUGGACAUCGAGGCGGCCGUGUCGCCGCUCGUCAUGCUGCCCAGUCGUCGGCUGCCCCAGCUGCUCGAGCAAGCGCAGAGCUACCAGAAGCACCAAGAUCCUUUCUACAACCAGCCGCACGGCGCGCCAUUCUCUCUGCUCACAGACCACCGAUCCGACCGCUCCGUGUUCCCCUCGCGCGUAGCACACACGAUCACCGACCACCACGACGAGGUGUGGUGUCUGGCAUUCUCACACGACGGCACCAAGCUCGCCACCGCAGGCGCGGACAAGACGAUGCUCAUCUGGAGCGUCACCGACGACUACAAGCUGCUGCAGAAGUUUGUGCCGCUCUCGGACAGCAUCUCGUCCGUGUCGUGGUCGCCGGAUGACAAGCAGCUGCUCGCCACCUCCGAGGUCGACGUCACGCUGUGCCGCAUCCAGACGGGUACUAUGCUCACGCUGCGCGAACACAACUACACGGUCGCCACCGCCGCCUGGCUUCCGGACGGCUCGGGCUUUGUCACGGGCGGCAUGGAUGGAAAGAUUGUCUAUUGGGAUGCCGAUGGAUACGUCUUGCACAAGAAGACCACCUCACCCUUCCGCGUGCUCGCCGUGGCAGCGUCACCGGACGGCGCGCAUCUCAUCGCACUCAGCCAGCGCCAAGUGGCGCCAUCGACGAUUCCCACGUCGGUCGGGCGCGGCCAUGUGGGUGUGUCGACGACGGCGUUGAGCGCCUCGACAGCCUCGGAUCAUCUCAGCGACAGCUCGUCGUCCACAUCGACGCACACGACCACGUCGACGGGGCUGGGCCACGAUCCGCACGCCGACCUGGGCGGCGGCUCGAGGACGAUGGGCUCGGAGAAGAACCGCAUCCACUUUAUCAACCUGCGCACACGCGACGAGCUAGGCUCGAUCUACCUGCGCGAGGAGGUCGUGAGUCUGGCGGUGAGCCGCGACUCGCAGUACGUGCUGGUCAACGUGCGUCCGAGCGAGCUGCAGAUGUGGGACAUCAACCGGCAGUGCCUGGUGCGCAGGUUCAACGGCCACCAGCUCAGCAAGAACGUCAUCUUUUGCGGCUUCGGAGGCAUCGACGAGAACUUUGUCGUGUCUGGCAGCGAGGACGCCAAGAUCUACAUCUGGCACCGCGCCACGGGCCGGCUCAUCGAGACGUUGAGCGGGCACGCCAAGGGUCCGGUCAAUGGCGUCGCAUGGCAUCCCAGAGACGCGCUCACCAUUGCGAGCUGCGGCGACGACCAUACGGUGCGCAUCUGGAGGCCCGGGGGUGCUGUGCCGGCAGGUGCGCUCGCCGCCGCGAGAGGGAGGGACGCGGAAAGAGGCCGGGUAAAGGCACCGGCGUCUGACGAUUCCGAGAUGAGCGGCGCGGCCAAUCCGUUCCCCUGGAGCCACGAGGACGCCUCCAGCACGGGCGACGUCGACAUGAUGCGCUCGAUUCACGAAGCCAUGGACGUUGAGAGCGGCGACGCGCCCGACAGCUCCGAGCCCGAAACGUGA